ACCGGAAAACUCGAGCAAAUGCUAGAAAAUAAGGAAAACGAACGAGAUUGGCAGCAGAUUCAUCAAAGUAUCGCCAAUUGUUAUGAUGUCGAUGAUUCAACGACCAAGAUGCUUGCAAUCAAAAGACAAAUUCUCGGUCUUGAUAAGCCCCAGUUUUACAUUGAUAUCUUGAAGAAGAAGCAGAGGACCAUCAUGGAUAUGGUCGACAAAAGACGACCCGUACUGCAAACGCUGAAAGACGAGAAGGAGCUCAAAGAAUUGAAUGAAAAGUUUCAGCAUUGUUACGCAGAUCUCAAGAAGUACAAGCACUCACUUAGCAACAACGACAGGCUCAUAAUGCUGAUAUCAACUUCAUUCUUCCACCAGAAAGAAAAGGGCCGAGGGAGGAAUUCGAAAAGUGCAGUUGAUGUGACCACAACCAUCUGCACCUGUCAGGCUAGUCUUCAGCAUUGA